AUGGGCUCUGAUAUCUCACUGACUACGCCGGACAACUUUAAGCUCGGCGCUUACAUUGCCGAACCUGCCGGUCCGCCUAAAGGUGCCGUUGUCGUGAUCCAGGAAAUAUUUGGCGUGAACAGCCAUAUCCGUGAAGUCACCGAUGGCUAUGCCCAGGCGGGUUACUGGGCAAUUGCGCCAAAGAUAUUUGAUCGCAUCGAAGCAGAUAUUGAACUGGGUUACACCGAAUCGGACAUGGGCACAGGGAUUGAACUGGCAUUUCAGAAACUCGAUAUGCAACAGACGCUUGCGGAUCUGCAGGUGGCGAUUAAUGAAGCAGGCAAACACGGCAAAGUCGGCGUCGUCGGAUACUGUUUUGGUGGCCUCCUGACCUGGCUCAGCAGUUGCCAGCUGGAAGGUGUGGCGGCGGCCAGUUCGUACUACGGCGGUGGUGUUGCCGGACAACUGGACAAUACGCCAAAGUGUCCUGUGAUUUUCCACUUUGGAGAACUGGACGUGCAUAUUCCAAUGAGUGAUGUGGAAGCCGUUAAAGCCGCUCAACCAGAUUCACCAGUCUACGUUUAUGCCGCGGAUCACGGGUUCAAUUGCGAUCAUCGUGAGAGCUACAACGAGGCGGCGUCCAAAUUGGCGUUGCAGCGAACGCUGGAUCAUUUCGCCAGUCAUUUAACUGCUUAA